ACGUGUACCGUUGCCAUGGAGAGGCGCGCUCCGUAGGGACAGCGAACUGGCGCCAGUGGCCGCAGGGACGCAGCGUGGCUUUGAAGCCGCGUACGGUACCACCAUGAGCGGCCGAAGUAGAGGUCGAAAGUCUUCCCGCGCCAAAAGCCGGGGCAAAGGCCGAGCCAAGGCCCGGCCCCGCGGUACUCCUGACGACGCACCGCGCGACCCGGACAGUCCACAGUGCCAGAGGCUCGGGGAGGACGCCAAAGCGGCACAGGUGCAGGCUGGCGCGGGUUGGGGUGGCCUGGAAACCGCUGCGCCCGCGCUGCCCCUCGGGCCAGGGGAGGAGGCCGCCUGCCGGCUCCCCCUGGACUGUGGCCUCGCGCUGCGGGCCCGAGCGGCGGGCGAGCGGGGGCAGACCGCGACCAGGCCCUGCCUGGGGAGGGCCACAUCCCUCUCAGAGCGCUUGGCAACCGACACUGUCUUCGUGGGAACAGCGGGAACCGUGGCAAGGCCAAAGAAUGGCCCCCGCGUUGGAAAUCGACGUGUUCCAGCAGGGAAGAAGGCCCCGGAAAGCUGUAGCACCCAGGGAAGGGGGUCCCAGGCCAUAGCUGCAGGGAAGCCCAAGAAGGGGGCGGCAGGGGAGUGCCCUGCAAUGUCAGUGGGGGAAGAAAGGAAGGCAGAAGAUGCAGGGUCAGGGCCCCCAGCCACAGAAGGCAGCAUGGAUAAUCUGGAGACAGUCCAGUUGAAACUGGAGACCAUGAACGCCCAGGCGGACAGAGCCUACCUGCGACUGUCGCGCAAGUUCGGGCAGUUGCGAUUGCACCACCUAGAGCGCAGGAACCUCCUUAUCCAGAACAUCCCUGGCUUCUGGGGACAAGCGUUUCAGAACCACCCCCAGCUCUCGUCCUUUCUGAACAGCCAAGAUAAAGAGGUACUCAGCUACUUGAACAGCUUGGAGGUGGAAGAACUUGGCCUCGCCAGAUUGGGCUACAAAAUCAAGUUCUACUUCGGCCGCAACCCCUAUUUCCAAAAUAAGGUGCUCAUCAAGGAAUAUGGAUGUGGACCUUCCGGUCAGGUGGUGUCUCGUUCUACUCCAAUCCAGUGGCUCCCAGGGCAUGAUCUGCAGUCCCUAAGCCAGGGAAACCCAGAAAACAACCGUAGCUUCUUUGGGUGGUUUUCAAACCACAGCUCCAUUGAAUCGGACAAGAUUGUAGAGAUAAUCAACGAGGAACUGUGGCCCAACCCCUUGCAGUACUACCUUCUGAGUGAAGGGGCUCGUGGAGAAAAAGGAAAAGAAGGCAGGCCAGGUCCAGCAAAACAACCAGGGGAGACCCCUGAGCCUGGAGUAGAGCAGUCCAACUGAUUCUACCCAAGUUUCCCUACUACCUCCUGCUGGAGCUGUUUCUGGCUAACUGCAUAUGUGUUUGGCUAUCUGCCUUCUCUUCAUGUAGGCGGUUGUGCACUGUAACCUCUUCAGACUUUAGCUACAAGAAUAUGGUGUUUAUGAUCAUGUUCUUUGCUUCUCAUGGCCUCAUUGCUUUUUUACAUUAGUGUCACGUGUUAUGUGAUCUCAGCCCUACUGUUUAUAUGUUAAACACACAUACUUCAGAUGUGUACUGCCUUUAUCUACAUUGUCUGGACCCUUCUCUUGACUUCUUUUUCCUAGUUUAACAUGGACAAUUAUGAGUCAUCAUCCAGGCUAACCAGUGCAUCUUCAAGCUCUGCUACUUUGGGGCCAGUGACUUCCUGGGUGUCUCGUUCAUGCUGGCGAUGCAUGUCAUCUAUGGCAAGCUUUUCUGUUGCUGUUGCAAAUUAAAGCCAGUGCACCUGAUAAUGGCCAUUAACCAGAAUUCACUCUUCCAUGGGUCUGGGGUUACCAGCCAAGGUGCUGCCUACUUUAUCUCUGGUUUUGGCCUGAGACGUCCAUGCUACCUGCCCUGCUGGAAAUCCAGCAGAAUGGCGCUCUACUGCUGGGCAUGGAUGAAGAUAAGAUGCAUUAUGCCAUCGUUCCAUACUAUCAUGCGUCUCUUCUUGCCACCUGCCAUUUUGGUGAACUGUUACCCAGGUCUGUGCCAUGCUGUCACUAUCAGGUCAUUGACUUUCGUGUAUGUUGCUGUUGGUCCCAGUUGGCUUCCUGGUCGACAAGGACCUCAAGAACUGCCUGUGGACCCAGGCCCCUUGCCAGUGCAUGAGACACACAAUCUUCCCAAACCUUUCAGGAAUCCUGCUGGCUGCCAGACCAAUGGGCGGGAUGACAUUUUCAGACAUGUGCAGAAAUGGGGAGGAUGAUUCCUGGACCUGGUGGGCCUAUCACCUAGCCACAUCAGUAAUCAUUUAUGAUCAACCUGGUUUCAUCUGUAUAUCUCUCUUCCCACCUGUAUUGUUGAUCAAAAGUCCAAGACACUAUGUCAGUGUAACCAUGACUACUUUAGAAAGUUGGACUCUUUUGCUGGUAAUAGUGGUGGGAUAAACUAUCAUUAUCACAUCAAGUCUGCCUUUGCUUUUAAUGUUCAGUAAUGAUUUUUCCAGAGCUGGGCCUUAGAAAUGAAAGUUACCAGAAUUAACAAGGAGAUGCUUCCUUCCUCUUGCAUCCACAAAAGGAGAGGGAGACUGUUCUUUUGUAAAUCUCUUUCAAAGACUCUGAUGUGAUAAGAUACUUAAUUGAGAUCCUUCACCAGAAGGGUCUUUUUCAUUUUGUAACAUGGAGACUUGUAUGACUUUAGGAUUAUUAUCAGUUUGUCUGGAUCUUAUAAUUAUAACGCUGGUCUUAGAAGUAUAAUUUGGAAGCUGUUGUUGUGUUCUGUGAAAAUAACCUCCCAAAGUAAUCAGUAACUGGUUGUCGUACUUGAUAAUUUGACACCCUGGUAAUAAUGCAAUUAUUUCUGUGUUCCUAAACAGUAUUAAUAGUUGUAAGCUUUACAUGCAUGAUGGAAAAAUAAAAAUCUGUAU